GAGAGGGAGAAGGUGAAAUCACAGGACUACAGAGGAGAGGCAAAGCUAACAAACACAGAGCAGGGAUGAAUACAGGAGAGAGUGCAGAUCAGUGAGAUCUCCAGAGAGAACAGGAAGAGAGAAGAGAGGACUGAAAGGAAGGAGAUGGGCAGAGAGAGGGGGGUAAACAGCAAGCAGCAGCACAGAGAAAAUCAAUCAGCCAGACCAAUAGCAUCAGCCUGGUGAAGCCAUGCUCUGAAAGGCUUCGAGAAGCGGGGCUACGCAGGCAGCACACGGCACGGUACAGGCCUAGCCAACAGCCCUGGCCCACAGGCCGACAGGCCCACAGCGGGGGGGAGAGGGAAAGAAGACACCCAGAACCACACUGUCAGCUGCUGUAACCAUGAGGACAACACGGAAGGGGAGUGUGGAGAUGCCUGCAUUUGUCCGGCAGCUGGUGAAGGAGACAGAGAAGAGGGUCAGCUCCUUCUUCAAGGGAGGGGGGCGUGGAGGGGCAGAGCACAUGCAGGGGGAGGGGGAGGAGGUGAUCCCCAGCCCCUACCUGGACCGUCCCGUCCUGGACAAGCUGACUGAGGAGGGCUGCUCCUGCUGGGGCCUGACCUACGCCCUGGGCAGCAUGCAGGGCUGGAGGGCCAACAUGGAGGACUACCACAACUGUGUGCCUCAGCUGGGCGCAGGGCUGGCAGACUGGAGCUUCUUUGCUGUGUUUGAUGGGCAUGCGGGCAACCAAGUGGCACAGUAUGCCUCACAACACCUGCUGGAUCAGGUCCUAGCUACAGGAGGGAUCGGGCCAGAGGACCACCCUGAUCGGGUGAGAGGGAGCUUCACAGAUGGCUUCCUACACACAGACAAACACCUGCUGACUGCAGCCCGCCGUGAGGGCUGGGAGCGGGGUGGCACCACCGUGACCUCCACUCUCAUCUCACCACGAUACUUCUACUUCGCCAACUGUGGAGACUCGCGUGCCAUGCUGUGCCGGGCAGAGCAAGUGUGCUUCUCCACUGAGGACCACAAGCCCUACAGCCCUCUGGAGAGGGAGCGCAUCGAGAGCGCCGGUGGCUCCGUGUCCCUGCAGCGCAUUAACGGCUCCCUGGCUGUGUCCCGCGCCCUGGGGGACUUCAGCUACAAGGGGGCAGAGAACCGGCCGCCCACCCAGCAGAUGGUGUCUCCGGAGCCAGAGGUGUGUGUGGUGGAGCGGUCGCCCGGGGAUGAGUUCCUGGUGCUGGCCUGUGACGGGGUGUGGGACACGGUCUCCAACGAUGAGCUGUGUGCUUUCAUCCGCAGCCGUCUGCGCGUCUGCACUGACCUCAGGGACGUCUGCUCCCAGGUCAUUGACCUCUGCCUCUAUAAGGGCAGUCUGGACAACAUCAGCAUAAUCUUGGUCUGCUUCCCUGGCGCCCCCCAGCUCUCAGCAGAGGCACUACACCAGGAGGCAGCACUUGAAGACCUGCUGGAGUCUAAAGUGGCAGGUGCAGUAUUGUGGCGGUCGUUGUGA